AUGGCCUCCUCCCCACCCUCCUCCGGCGUCCUGCCGCCCUCGUAUCCGCUGCACCUCCGUGAACCCCUGCUCAUGCUCCGUAACCCUAGGUCCAUCCUCCCCAUGGCCGACGUGGCGGCGCUGCUCCUUCGCGCCUCUUAUGAGGGCGACGUCCCCCAAUUAAAGACGCUGGUGAAGCGGUUGAGGAAGGCGGGGAAGAGCGUGGAGGAGGCGAUGACGGAGAUCAGGGCCUCGUGGUACAAGGGUCAAGGACCGCUGCACAUGGCAGCAUUGUCGGGGAAGACGGCUGUGUGCAAGUUGCUCAUCAAGGAUCUCAAGCUUGAUGUCGACGCGGUUGGCUACGAUGGUGUGACACCUCUCAGUCUUGCAAUACUUGGUACUGCAUCUGCAGCCGUUACAAGGCUGCUUCUUGAUCAUCAUGCUGAUCCGAACAAAGCAGCCUUUGAUGGGUGUACACCGCUCCAUCUAGCAACAACUCGAGAUGCCUACGAAAUUGCAGAGUUACUAUUGUCUAGACGAGCUUAUGUUGAUCCUGUAUCAGAAUGUGGAACUCCACUGUACAUUGCUGCCAAGAAUGGAAGUGCUAAAAUGCUGAAGUUAUUGUUGCGGCAUCAGGCAGAUGCUCGUGCUGAUGUCAAUGCUGGUACUGUAACCCCACUAAUAGCAGCUGCAUAUGCUGGCUCAACUGAUUGCAUCAAAUGUUUGUUGAAAGCUGGUGCUGAUGCGAAUAUACCUGAUCAGGUUGCUGAUUGGAGCACUACUGGAAUAAUUGAACAUUCAAAACUUAUGAGUUCAAAACCACAGGAUGAAAAUGAUGGAUCUGAUUUUGAAGCACAAGGGGAUGCCGCAAUCGGUAAAAGUAAUUAUGCUCAUGCAUUGACUCUUUAUACGAUGGCAGUGGAGACUGACCCUGGUAAUUCAACCUUGUAUGCGAAGAGGAGCCUUUGCUCACUGCAUACCGGAGACAAAAGCAAUGCUCUGGAUGAUGCUGAUACCUAUAAAGGUAUGGAGCCAGACUUAUCAAAGUCUUGUUAUGCUCAAGGAGCAGCUCUGAUACUGGUGAAGGUGAGGUGUGCUAGGCUACUCAGUAGCAAUGACAUUUGA